CCGGAAGUGCCGCCGCGCCAUCAUGGCGCCGGUGUCGCGCUCUCGCAGCCCGCCCGUCGCCAGCCCCGAGCGUCGCGGCCGCCGCUCCCGGUCCCGCUCUCGGUCCCGCUCUCGCAACGGUUCGCGGCGCGGCUGCCACCGGCGGAGCCGCAGCUGGUCCCGCUCCCGGGAGCGUAGCCCCGGCGGGCCUCGCGCCUCCGGGCACUACGGCCACCACCACCACGGCAAGGCCUGGCCCGAGUACUACGAGAAGGAGAAGGAGGAGAUCCUGCGGCAGAGGAGACUGAAUGAGAGAGAGAGAAUCGGAGAGCUGGGCGCACCUGAAGUCUGGGGGCUUUCACCAAAGGUUCCUGACCCUGAUUCUGAUGAGCAUACACCAGUAGAAGACGAAGAGGCAAAAUCCAAGAGUAGCUCUUCGGAUUCCAGCUCAGAAGAGGAAAAAAGGAAAAAGAAGAAGAAAAGAAAGAAGAAAAAGCGAAAGGCUUCCAAACGAAAACACAGAAAACAUUCUGAGGACAGUGACAGCGAGUCCGAGUCCGACCAGAGCUCCAGUGACGAAGAUAAAAAGAAAAGCAAAAAGAAGAAAAGGAAGCACAGGAAGAAGAAGUAUAAAAAAAAGAAAAAUAAAAAGAGCCGGAAGGAAUCCAGUGAUUCAAGCAGUGAAGAUUCUGAUGAUGAAACGCUUCAAGGGGAAGAUCUCUGGAUUGAGAGAUCAAAAAAUACAGAAGCCGAUAGCUUGAUUGGACCAGAAGCUCCCAAAACACACGCGUCUCAAGAUGACCGGCCUUUGAACUAUGGGCAUGCCCUGUUGCCAGGUGAAGGUGCAGCAAUGGCAGAGUACGUAAAAGCAGGGAAACGCAUACCUCGGAGAGGGGAGAUUGGUUUGACCAGUGAAGAAAUUGCUUCGUUUGAGAGCUCCGGUUACGUAAUGAGUGGCAGCAGACAUCGUCGAAUGGAAGCUGUGCGUCUGCGUAAGGAGAACCAAAUUUACAGUGCGGAUGAAAAGAGAGCUCUGGCUUCCUUCAACCAGGAAGAGAGGAGAAAAAGAGAGAAUAAGAUCCUUGCAAGCUUUCGAGAGAUGGUCUACAGAAAGACUAAGGGCAAAGAAGAAAAAUAAUUCCCCAUUUGAACUGUAUGCCAUAGAUGCUGUCAAGCAGCAGCUGACCUGUUCCAGCUGUGAUUUGAAAAAAGCUGCAAGUGCUGCAGUGCCUUUCACCCAACAGG